CCUCUCUUGGCUGAAUUCUUUUUUUAGCUUUUCUUCCUCUUGUUUAAUUCUAGCUUCCAUCUCUUUUAUUUGGACUACAAGCUGACACCCAUAAGCAGGAUUCAAGAAAACUAAAGCAAUUACUUUUACAGCUACAGUUUCUACAGCUAUAACAAUGAAGCUUACUUUUAUUCUUGCAACUCUUACAAGCACUUUGUACACAGCCUUUGCUUUUGACGGUUAUUAUUACAAGAGCCAUUCUUCCAACAACCAGCUUGUAAAGAGAGAUCAUGGGCUUCCUUACGAUACAUUGCCCACAGCAUCUAACUGUGCUGUGCCUCCAACAUGCAGUAAAAUUCCAGGCAACGUAACUUGUCGAUGUAGUGAUACUCUUACAACGUGCAUCAAUAAUAGCGGUCAAUAUUGCUGGGGAUCCAUAUCCCUCAACUCCACUUCUUGCCCCACAAUGCCUAACUCUUGUACAUCAACAUUUACGGGCACUACUACUUCCUGUUUAUGUAAUGAUAAAAAUAUCCUCUGCGUAGAUAAUGCCAAUAACUAUUGUUAUGGCUCCAUCACCAACGGAAAUACAGUUGCUGUCACAGCUAUUCCUUAUGCUCCCAGUACUCCUAUUACCUCGUCUGCUGCUGCCACCAAUAAUGCUGCUCCCACUAUGUCAGUGGUAGGCGCUCCAUCAAACGCUGCUACUGCUGUACCAACCACAACCACUUCAGGCUCAGCAAAAGCCCUUCAUGUUGAGAUUUUGUCGGGUUUUAUCUGUGCUUUUGUUGCUUACACUGUUAGUUCUCGAUUCUAACAGAGAAAAAACACCUUAUUUUUUUGGGUAACCAUAAUAAAGAGUACUAAGAGAAUAUGGAGCAAAUUAAGGGAACCAAUUUUCUGACAUCACCGCCAGUAAAAAUGUGAAGAGUCCACUCUAUCUUUGAAUAGCAAAAUAAUUGCAUAUCAUUUUACGAACAAUUUCAUUAACUACACUAUACUAUCAAUUCAAAACUGGUUUUUUUUUUGGAUUUAGAAUCAAGGGUCUACAACGGCACACUAAAACAAAUUUAAUAAAACUUAUUUAAUUUGUUAA